GUGAAGGAACAGGAAGUGUUGCGUGAGCUUGAAGAUUGCCCACAACAGAGCACAGGGGAGACUGGGCAGCCUGCAGUUUUGACUGGUCAACUUUCAAAUUGCGGUUUGACAACAUAAAUUUGGAAUGGCACCUCGGUAGUGAGGCCCGCUGGCUCAGAGCCGCUGUAGUCCCGCAGUGCCUCCAUGAUUCCUGACGGACCGAGACCCACCGCCAUGGCCUCAGCGUUGACUCAUCAUUGCACAUCUGGCAGACUCCCCGCUUCGGUCGCUGUCAUCCUCCUGGUUCUGUUGGCGGUGCCCGCUGUGCGGUCCUCCCAAGGCGACAAGGAGCCGGUCUACCGCGACUGCGUGAAGCUAUGCGUCCGGACCAACUGCACAGGCGCCCGACUGCGGGGCUUUGAGGCCAAACAGCCGCACUACAUGGCGCUCACAGGGUGGACGUGCCGGGAUGACUGCCGCUAUCAGUGCAUGUGGACCACUGUAGGCCUUUACCAAGCUGAGGGGUUCAGAAUCCCACAGUUCCAUGGCAAGUGGCCAUUUGCACGCUUCCUGUGUUUUGAGGAGCCAGCGUCGGCGCUAGCAUCUCUGCUGAAUGGCUUGGCUUGCCUUCUUAUGCUGCUGCGCUAUAGGAGCACAGUGCCACGCCAGAGCCCCAUGUACCACACCAUCAACGCCUUUUCUUUAAUAUCUCUGAAUGCCUGGUUCUGGUCGACUGUGUUUCAUACCCGGGACACCUAUCUCACAGAGAAAAUGGACUACUUCUGUGCAACUGCAGUAAUCCUGUACUCCAUCUACUUAUGCUGUGUCAGAACGUUGGGUCUGCGGCGACCUGGGCUGUCCAGCAUGGUGGGAGCCCUGCUCAUUUUGGUCUUUACGUCGCACGUGUCCUACUUGACCUUCGUUAGCUUUGACUAUGGCUACAACAUGGCUGCAAAUACUGCCAUCGGUAUGGUGAAUCUCCUGUGGUGGUUGUGUUGGUGCUGGCAGAACCGGCGGACCCUUCCAUACUGGUGGAAAUGUGGCUCUGUGGUGUUGCUGCUUCAUGGUCUGGCUCUGCUGGAGCUCCUGGACUUCCCUCCGCUGCUCUGGAUCUUAGAUGCUCACGCUGUUUGGCACCUCAGCACCAUCCCAGUGCACUUUCUUUUCUACAGUUUCCUGAUAGAUGACAGCCUGUACUUACUAAACACAGAGAAGAUGGGUGUUAAAGUGGAGUAGCAGGAGUUCAUCGCCUCUUCAUCAUGCUCCUACCUGGACGCCUCUCCAAACAGGGCAGCUGAACCCCUGAACACUGAAGUAGCUUAGCAUAACAGACGACCUGCAUGACUCCACUGAUUUACAUCGGAGCAGAUUUUGUUUACAUUUUUUCUCUUGUCAUUAUUUUCUAGCACUUUUUUUGAUUUUCGAUUGAUGUUUGUUCUGCUUUGCCUUGUGUUGCCGUGGAUGCUUUUUUUUUUUUUGAGUGACGGUUCCUGUUUUUUCAGGCAUGUAUAACUUUCUAAACUGCUCCUGAGUUCAGGAACUGACUCAGUUUGCCGCAAAUUCCGAUAGAUGGCGCCAAAUCUUUUAUCAGAUCUAUUUGUGUUGCGGCAUGUCAUCUAUGCCAAAAGUGAACACAAAGGUUCCCCUUCUAAAGAGGGAGCUGCCCAAUGACGGUUCUAGAGAGAGGUUGGGGGGCUUUAUGAUAGAGGCCAUUCGUGCUGACUCUUUCUCUUUUUGUUCCCUCUUAGCAUCACACCUUUGUGUGCCUUUUUUUUGUUUUGCUGCUUUAAUUUGUUCUGUUCAUAUGAAUCAACUUAUUUUUAAAUCAUCUGAAUUUUGUAUUUCUGUUGUUUGGGAUUUUUUUUCUUUAUUUACUUGAGUUUUGACAUAUUGUGCCUGACGAUCAGAAGAAGAAAGUGUUAUUUCUUUCACCUCGAUUGCCUUUUAGUGUGAAAGGUGAUUAUAGUAGGAAGUAGUUUACCUGAAAGCUGGGGGGGGGGGUGUUUCCCCUCCCUACUUGUAGAGUUUUUCCUCAUUUAUCUCAUCAUGUGUUGUGUGAAAGGGAGUGUGCUUUUUCUUUUUUUUUGCCAUAGUUGCUUUAGUUUUUGUUGUUUUGCCCAUCACUCACACCAGCAUUUUAAACUUAAUCAAUCUAUGGCUCACAAGCUCGCAAACAUGUCCGCUUUAGAUUCUCUGUUGCGCGUUAAAGAGCACGUCAAAUGUUCCUCCUUCGAAACCGCUUUUAAAGUUUUGAACUGGUUCCAUGUCCGUUGUGCGAGUUUCCCCCUCACAUGUGCACUUUACACAUGAUGUGCUUUUGUUAAAGUCUGUCCGUUUGUGUCAGAAUCUCAACGGCGUUCAGAGCGUGUGCACACGCCGCCUUCUCUGCACGUUCUGCUGUUUUUGACAGCACAAAACGGAUCACUGUGGAUGGGAGAGGGAGCUGGACUGUACCACAUCGUUUCGGGAAAAUGUCAUGUAUUGUGUCACAGAAAUGGUUUUGUCAGGAAGGCCGAAAGAAACAAGUCAUUCCAGUUUAAAAAGAAAACCAAAAGCUCUCCCUCCAGGGUAUAUUAUGUUAUCAUGAACUACUUAAAUGUAAAAAUAUAUUUUUAAAAAAAUAAUGAAAUUACAUAGUCAUAGAUCCAAAGACACUUAACUAAUUUUAUAACAAAUUAAAUUAUUUACUUAUUAAGAAAUAAUUUUUAUCUUAUGUUUUUUUUUUUUUGUAGUUCAUAUUGGUUGAUAGCUAAAGAUGCAACUGUUUGUUUGUGAUUCAUCUGUCUGUAACCCAAACUCUACUUACUCUCCUCUGCUGCCCUCUGCUGGUCUCUUUGCUGCCACAUUCUCCACAGGGAGCACUUUUCAAAACUAUAUCAAUUAAAUGACCAAUAAGAAGAAAAAAAACUCAAUCUAAACAAAUAAAAGCAUUUUUCUUGAUAAAGGA